GACCUAGCACUUGGGGAAAUAUUGGCUACUGCGGUGGCAUGAGACAAUCUCCCAUCAACAUUGAGCUCAAUAAAGUAGUUCAUGAUUCUAGUCUUGGACCUAUAUAUUUCAACGGCUAUGAAGAUCGUAAAAUUGUCAAGCAAAUGAAGAAUACAGGAUAUCAUCUUCAGAUAACUUUUAAUUCCAAAGCAACCAUCUCUGGUCCCGGCUUACCAGCAGUGUAUUGGCUGCACAGCGCCCACUGGCAUUGGGGCACCCAAAAUACCAAUGGCGCAGAGCACACAAUCAAUGGCCAACGCUAUGCCAUGGAGAUGCACGUGGUUCACACUAAAAACAAUAUGAGUUUAGAAGAUGCGAAGAAGGAUCCUCAAGGUUUGGUUGUCCUGGCAUUCUUCAUGCAGAUAUCCCAAGGGGUUUACUAUAUCACUCCAUGGACCACUCUAGCCAAUCUUCUCAACAAAAUCCCAGAAAAAGAUGAUUCUUGGGAUCUGAAUGGGGAAUUCUCUCUGGGUGGUUUAUUGAAGACAGCAGAUGUAAGCAGUUAUUACUGCUACAGCGGUUCUCUCACUUCUCCAGACUGUGAAGAGUCUGUGAUCUGGAUUGUCUUUCGAGAACCCAUUGGGAUUUUUUACCAAGAGGUUGAAAAAAUGACAAAUUCACUAUAUUUUACUACCAUUGAGGAGGACAGGCAAAUGCAAAACAAUUUCCGCCUUGUGCAGCCCUUGAAUGGUCGAAAUGUCUAUUACUACCAGGAACAUAAAGAACUGAGUUAUUGCCUGAAAAGGUGGUUUAACAUAAUAUUUUGAAGAGAACUUCAGAUCUUCCUGAAGAAGACCUGGUCUUUACAUCUUGAAUGUUGUGAGUCUAAUUUUGCACAACAUUAAAUGAAUGCAGUAAUAUCCA